GGUUUCUUGGUCCUCAGUCUGCAAUGGCUGACACCUCCUGCCAUGUCUUCCAAGCACAGCUCCUGCCAGGAGGUCGGGGACUUGGCCAUCAAGUUUCUGGGCGGCCUGGUCUUGCUCUGCGUAGCCAACAACGUCAUUGCUCUGCUCUGCCUGCCUCCACCGCCCUUCAGCAGCAAAGAGGUUCCCCGGAGCAAGCGCAAGAGAGAGAAGCAGGAGGCGAAAGAGGCGCUGGAGCCGACAAGCAGCCGAGAAGGCGGACGCCCCCAGAGCGCGCGCAGCACCCACCGCGCCUCCUCUCGUCCAGAGACGCACAGACACAGCUCCAGCCGGGCGGCCCUCGACGGCGGCGGCGGCGGCAGCAGCGGAGUGAGCCGUCGGGGCUCCAGGCGGGACGGGACCGACGGGAAGCGCCCCGAGCCGUCGAGCAGCGCCCGGCGGCGGGAGCAGCAGCAGCAGCAGCAACCGGAGGAGUUGGAGGCGGCGUCGGGGCGGCACCGGCGCUCGCGGCAGCAGGUGUUGAGCCGCUCGCCGUCCCCUCGGGAGCGCCGCCUGCGCGCGCCCUGCCCCUCCAAGAUCCUGAUCCUGCGCACGGACUCCAAGGGCGAAGUCCCCAAAGGGAGCUGCGGCGGCGCCCCUCGAGGGCAGGUGGUCUACGACGCGCGCUGGCUCCCCUGCGUGCUGGGCGAGGGCGGACAGGCGACGCUGCUCCCGCAGCAGCUCCGGGAGCUGUGCAGCCAGACGCCCCCCGUCAGGCGGCCAGGGGGGGCCUCGCCCGCCCGGGUCAGUAAAGAAGUCGCCCAGUGAGCCCCAGACGUGUCCGCGUGUUUGUGGGGAACGGAGGCUGCUGCCGCCGCCGUGCGCCCGGGUACUCGCGCGUCCUGGAAGCCUCGCCUCCGAAAAACGGCCUUGGUGCGGGGCUAGGAAGGGAUCCGUGGGAAAGGAAGGCGGAUCCUGCCCCUCUCCGACGGAGAGGCGGUGAGGGGCACCGUGCGUCGCAGGGGGCUGGACAACUAGAGGACCCCUGCCAGCCAAAAGUGGUGGCACUCGCCAUCUCCGGAGGCAGCGAGGGCGUCCAACCUGGGGACUUCAAAAUCAACCCUGGAAUUGUAGAGCUGCAAGGCACCUCCAGGGGCCAUCUAGUCCAACCCCAUGCGCUGCAGGAAUCCCUGGCCACCCAAACUCUUGUUUAAGAACCCACGAAGGAGAGGCCACCCCCUUCUGAGGAUCUCGCCCUCAGAAAGUUCUUCCAGAGGCAACCCUUUCUCGCUUCUGCCCCAGGCUCUUUUUGGCAUGGGUGCUUUUACACAACCCCUUUUCCCAGGCCUGGCGCUCUGCCUCUGGUCCCACCCAAGGGACUUCUCCUCCUUCCCUCCUCUCCCAACAGGUGGGCAAAGGUGAGGCCUCUCACCUGCUUCCUCCCGGCAGGUCCAGCGCAGCUUCCUCUUUGCACGAGGCGCAGGCUGGGGCUUGCAGAGAGGGGCAGGCCCACAUGCAGACCUACCAGGAGCCCCACGGGAAGCUGGCAGAACCGGUUGGGGAGCCAGGAUCCCCCACGCCCUGGACUGGCGUGCCAAGAAAGCGCCAGCAUGCAGCAAAACCAAGGGCUUCAUAUGCACACGGCAGCAGCAGAUGGAGAACUGGGGGCCCUGCAGUGUCGUCCACACCAGCAAGAUUCUCCAAGCAGAUGUUAGGAAGAACUUUCUGAAGGGUGGAGAAAGGGCCGA